AUGAAGACUUCAAUUAUUGAUUUAGUUGUUGGAACUGGAAUUUCCUUUAAUGUACUUGAUAGUUCGCUAUUCCACAGUAUGGCAAGAAAACUUCAUAGUGUAACUAAUUCAUAUAAAAUUCUACACUCAACUACAGUCUUACGACAUCUUUCUGGAAAUAUAUUUAGCCUAAAAUUUGAAUUUAUAAAAAAUAUAUUAGCAAAAGCUCCAGGACGAAUAUCAUUAAUAUGUGAUGGAUGGUAUUCUACAGUCCACAAAUGUCAUUAUACUGUUGUUACUAGCUCCUGGAUAAGUAAUAAUUGGCAACAAGUUAAUAUUAUAUUAAGCUUUCAGAAAUCAGGCCAAACUGCUCAAGAUAUAAA